AUGAAGGCACUCCUGAGCACAUGCCUCCUCUUGCCCCUGCUUUCUUCAGCAUUACCUCUGCACUGCAGAUAUGCGUCCAACAGGACUGGACUGACAUAUGAUGGCUAUGUAGAAAACACUUGUAACUUGGAUGACGAUUCCUGUGCUUCCAGUGUUCUGCGUACAAAUCUAGUGAAAUUCCAAGGGCAACUUUUGAAUCAAUGCUCGCGAUCCAGCAUUUGUUAUCCAGGCCAUUACAGCUUCACUGCAGCGAAUGGUGAAUUCUUUGAGAUGAAGAUGCAAUGCUGCAAGACUGAACUGUGUAAUAAUGAAAUUCUCAGCCUUCCUGAUCGCAACAUGAUGGCUGAAAAUGGUCUGCAGUGCCGAUCCUGCUUCUCCAAUGGAACCACAAAGUGUGAAGGUGGGAUGACCAUCAACUGCCUUGAGAAUGAGACCCAGUGUGUUGAUUUCCAAGGAUCUCUUAAUGAUGUAGUUAACAUGAAAAUAGAAAUGGCUGUGCAACAACAGAUUUUUGUGCCAUUAAGGAAAAAAGAUCUUUUAUCGGAACUGGGAUAUAUUUCCUUAAGGUUGUCAAAGAAAGAUGCUAUAAUGCUUCACGAAUCUCACACCAGCUUGAAAAUGAAGGGUGAAUGGGACAGUGUAGACCUCCUACUUGUGUAUUCCAAAAUCCAUGGCAAUGAGGAGGAUUGGAGGCCUAGUGGUGAAAUCCAGGACUGA